AUGCGCAACAUGCUCAAGCUGAACUCGCGGCACGGCGGCGGGUGGCGCCGAGCGCACAACGCGCUGCUGGCUCUGCACCUGCGCCUCGAGGAUUUGGGGCUGCUGGUUCGCGCCACCUCAAAGACCAUCAGGCUGUCCCUGAAGAGCAAGGAGGAGGCGGAGACGCAGCUGCUGCCGUACAAACCGGCGGGCGCAGAGCUCGGCGUGCUGCGUUGCCGCCAGGGCAAAGCCAUCCAGCUGCGAGAGGGAGACAAUGGCAAGUGCACCAAAAUGCUGUACCGCAUCGGGGGGUGCGCAACAUUGUUCAAGGUGAUGAUGGCGGCCGCGGCCACCACGCCGGCGCAGGCGCAGCAGCAGCAGCAGCAGCAGCAGCAGCAGCAGCAGCAGCAGCAGCAGCAGCAGCAGCAGCAGCAGCAGCAGCAGCAGCAGCAGCAGCAGCAGCCCCCCCACCAUCACCAGUCCGCGGCCCUCCAAGCCACUCCAUGA